AUACGGGACUCUCUCUAUCCUUAAUCCUCUUCUUCGUCCAAUACAUUAAUUCCUUACAUUUAACUCCAAAAACAAACCAAAUCCAAAACGCUUCUCUCGCUCUCGCUCUCUCAUCGAUCUCUUACUGCACACAGUAAUAAUGGCGGCUACUGGAAGAUCAAGCCGAUCAGUUCUUCGUCCUCUCUCUUCUUCCCAGAGAUUUCACAAUCAUCGUCAACGAUCUCCUUCUCCUUGCAACAAUCUCAACCUCCGUUUAAAGUUUUCUUCUUCUUCCGGUAACAUCCCCAACAAACCCUCCUCCUCCGUCGUCGCUCUUUCUUCUAACAACCAUCAUCAGAAGAGAAAGUGUUUGUGCUCUCCUACGACGCACCCUGGUUCGUUCCGGUGCGCUUUUCACCGCCGGUUAGAACACGAGAGAUCCAAAACCCUAGCUUCUUCGAACCGCGGUGAUGAUACGGUGAGGGUUAGUGUUGGGUUGAAUCUGAGGAAGCUGGCGUUGAUUAAUUCGCUUGCCAAGAUUGGUAGUGUUGAGGCGGAGAGAUUUAGGAGAUGUUUAGCGGCGAAUCUUGUUAAACCGCCGUCUUUUCAUGACAUUCGCCGUCCUGAGUUCCGUCCACGUCUCAGCCGUUUCUUCGAAUUGCAUAAAGAUCAAGAUUUGACAAGGAGCUAGGUUUUCUUCAAUUUUCCUUUUAUUUUCUUGCGUGCGAAGGAAAUAUUUUUUUUUAGGGUUUUCUUUGGGCGCAGUGUAUUGAUGAACUAUUUUUGUGUAGAUAAUUAGGACUUGAUUUUAGUGUCGCAAGUGUACAUGCUCGAAUUCUUCCUUAAUUUUUUCUUUGGAAUUUUUCCUUAUGCAAUUGGUGUAAUUAGGAGUUUAGGAAUUAUGGAUGAUCUUCUUACUAUCUAAAGCAAAUUAGCUGAAUCUAUUAGCUUUUUACUAAGCAUGUUUUCUUGUAGUCAAACUCGACUUUUUGGGU